AUGGGGCUACUCAGCGUGUCAGACGCAAUUCAAUGCAGGGUAUUCCCAAUCACACUCACAGGCAUAGCCCAAAAAUACUUUGAGCUAGACGAGGACCAGAGGGCGAUUCGUGGGAAAGAAGCAAAGGGAAAAGAGUCGAAAGAGAAAUCCAAAGAAAAAUCGAAGUCAAAAUCCGAGGAUAGAAGGGGAAGGCUAGAGGAAAGUAGGCGAUUCGCCCCCCAAACGAGAUACGAACCUAGGUACGACCCCCGAGACGAUGAAAACAACUUCACACCAUUAAACACCAACCGAACUAACGUCUUCAUGUGGAUCAAAGAGAACGUAAAAAACGUAGUAUGGCCACCGAAGAUGAAAGCCGAAAUAAGAGACACAAGAAAGUACUGCAAAUUCCACGAAGACGACGGACAUGAAACAGAUAGCUGCAGAGAUUUGAAAGUCGAAAACGAAAUAAUGAUAGACAAAGGAGAACUGAGGAAAUUCGUGGCCCACAAAGCGAAAAGCAACGACAAGGGAGAAAUAAGAAGCAGAGAUGACAAAGGAAAAGAAAGAGAAGACGAACGCCCAUCCAAAAUAUUGGGAACCAUACACAUGAUCAAUGAAGGAGGACACAACAGCUUAACGAUUAGAAGAAAGCAAAAGAAAGAGGUGAUGAACAUCAGAGAAACCCACAUGCCACCCGUAAUCUUCGAUGUUGAAGACUACGAGCACGUGAAAGCACCCCAUAAUGAUGCCUUGGUGGUGACUACUAUCAUUGAGAAUUGGAACAUGGAGCGAAUCCUAUGA